GAGUGAGCGAAGUGCUUGACAGCUUCGUGGCGUCGCCUGCGAAGUGGCACGGCUUCCUGCAGGAUCAUUACGUCGAGUCUCGGGAACAAGUGAAGAUGAAAUUAUUGGAGACAUUCUUUGGCGGGCGACCUGUUGAUCAAAAUCCCAUGUUCUGGCGUCUGCAGAGCGAUGUUCUGACCCUCAUGGCCUUGGUGAACGACGACGCGCAGUUCGAGUAUCUACGGGGGUUGUUCAAUGAACGCAGAGCGCCUGCUAUGUCCAGGUUUGCUUACGCUUUGUUUGCCGAAGAAGACCACAAGCUGGACGACCUCCUGAACACUAUCUCCGAAAAAAGAUGGAUGGGCUCCAUCAUGGUAGAAGUGCAGGGUUCCACGAAGAGAUUUUUACCGCUGCGCGCUGGGACGGGGACCGCUAUGAGCGGCGAUAUCAUGGUUGCUCGUGAUUUCGCUUGCUGGGUCAUGUUCAAACAGAUGCCUUACCUCGGCAACAUGAGAAAUUGGCGAUAUUUUGGCGCGUGGCUUCCUCGCGAAGUGAUUGGCUACAUCUAUGUUGCAUGCGCUGCUCGUGGAUUUCUGCCGGACCUUGUUUCGCCGAUCUACUACUUACAUGGUUUGUUUAUGAUAAGUGGUAUCCAGAGGAACAGCCAACCCCUGGCCGCUUUCAAUCAGCAUGUCUACAUGGCCCGAUGCUCCCACAAGUUCGUCGACACCUGCAUGCAGGAGUGCCUGAGAUCCAUGGGGUACCCGGUUGAGAUCUAUGAGAGCGGGCCUCUGACGGAGGACGAUGCGAAUCGAUUGUUGGUACCGUUCGGAGCUCGUCUCUGUCCUCGCCGCGUCAGCUCUGCGGACAUUUUUGACAUCGGCGAUGAUCUGCUCAGCUUCCGCGGCCAUUGCGUGCACGUGCGCAUCGGAUGCAACGAUGCAAAUCUCUAUGACGGAUACAUCGCGGUCUCUACUAGCGCGUGGCAAGCGAAUCGGAUCCUGAAGAUUGAGGGAGCGCGCGUCGCCAUCGUCGAGAGGAGUCUCUCCCUGGGUGCACUUCGCGCGGCGGCCCCGCCUGCACCUGGUGCGCACCCAGGGCGCAUGAACAGUUUUUUCGUGGAGGUCUCCAAUGGGAUUGAACGAUAUCUCCCCGUUCGCAGUGACGGCAGCCCCUUGACCUUCUGCUUCAUGAAGGCAGAGAGGUCGGCGCUGCCGCCCGCGGUGAUUGGCAAUGCGCUCAUCCAGUUGUCUGUGGAUGGAUCGCUGGGGGACGCCUUAGCCGGAGUGAGUUUCCUGCUAGGCAUAUUCCGCCUGGCAGAUCUUCCGGCGAUAUCAAACGAUCUCUUUUUCUUCGACGCCGACAGGUAUAUGGAGCAGGAGAACCACAAUUUUGCCGACACUUGUUUGCACGAGUGUCUGCGCUCGUGCGGAUCCACUGUGCCCAUCGAAGAAUCCGGUCCUCUUCGGCUGGAAGACGGCAAUCGCCUCCUGGCGCCGUUUGGAAAGCAGAUGCUCCCGAACGAUUUCGCACCUGACGCGGACGGAGACAACGCCAUCAAUAGUGCGGGUUACGCCGCGCCGUACGUUGCAAACGGGCCCUUCACUUAUCUCGACGGCGACAGCAUGCUGGCUCCGUUCAACAUGUGUUUCAGACCACUGGAGAGAGGCAACCCUGCCGACGGCGACUACGUGCUGCUCAUGGAGUUCCACUUCACUCACCUGCGCCUCAACGAGCAGCUG